AUGACUCUUCCUGAUGGUUAUGGUUCCAACCAUGAAAAUAAGGUUUGUAAACUUAAGAAAACUCUUUAUGGUCUUAAACAAGCUCCUCGAAUGUGGAAUGAGAAGCUUGUUAAUGUGUUACUUGAACUUGGCUUCGAACAAAAUUUGGGAAUGUUAAAAUACUUUCUUGGGAUUGAAGUGUUAAAAACCAAAGAUGGUUUGUGUUUAUCUCAAAGAAAAUAUUGUCUUGACUUGCUUGCUGAGUUUGGUUUGACUGGGUGUAAACCUGUGAAUAGUCCUAUUGAAGCAAAUCAUGUUUUAACGUAUUUAUGUGAACAAGAUAAUCAAGUGUUACUGGAUGUCUCUGUGUAUCAAAAGUUAGUGGGAAAAUUAAUAUAUCUUUCACACACAAGGCCUGAUAUUGCCUAUUCUGAGCACUAUCUAAGUCAAUAUAUGCAUAGUCCCACUAAUGCUCAUUUUAAAAUUGCUUUGAGACUCUUAAGGUAUCUUAAGGGAUCUCCUGGAAACGGUAUUCUCUUUAAAAAGGGGGCUUCUUUGGAUCUUAGAGCCUUUGCGGAUUCUGACUGGGGUAAAUGUGUUAACUCUAGAAAGUCUGUCACUGGUUUUUGUAUUUUCUUAGGAAACUCUCUUAUCUCAUGGAAAAGCAAAAAGCAGUCCACUAUAUCCAGAUCUUCUGCUGAGGCCGAAUAUCGUGCGAUGUGUGCUGCGACAUGUGAAAUUCUUUGGCUUCUUAACAUCUUAAAAGAACUUAAAGUUGAUAUUAAACUUCCUGUCUCCUUAUUUUGUGACAAUACAGCAGUCAUAUCCAUUGCUGCUAACCCUGUGUUUCACGAACGUACCAAACAUUUUGAGAUUGAUCUCUUCUUUUUAAGAGAAAAGAUUUCAAAGGGCGUUAUUAAGACCGUUGGUGUCACUUCUGAAAAUCAAACUGCAGAUGUCCUUACAAAAGGAUUGCCGGUUCAAGCGCAUGAAAAGGUUUGUAAACACUUGGGUCUUUUUAACUGUUUUGCAUAUUGA